ACCUGUAUAUAUAAAUAUAUCCUGUUUAUAACCAACCUAGUGUUAACUUUGUGUUAAAACCCAAUAAUUUAUGUAUUCGGAUUUAUAAAUGGAUAGAAUUUAACAAGAAAACAAUGUUAAAAAAAACUUGGAAUAUUAUAUCAGCUGUAGCUGUUCGUGUGAUUUUAAUGGUCCAUUGCUUUUUAGCAGUAUGGAGAGCUGCUGAUGUGAAAAAUAAUGAUUUAUACUGGCUUAUGGCCUUGACCAAUGUGUUUAUGGUGGCCGAAGGAAUAUUUAGAAUAGUAAAAAAAGAGUCUCAAGAAUCCAAAUGGUUUAGUCCGUGUAUAUUGUUUUACGUAGCGGGGACAGUUCCAGCUAUAUGGAUACUUGAAAUUGACAGACUUGAGAAAUUUACAGAAAUCAGUGAAUCAGUCAAUAUAACAAAUGCUCAAAACGAGGCACUAUCUGCAAUAAGUGGAGUAACACUACCAGUUAAACUUGAUGCGGACACUUGGGUAUCCGUGCUAGAACAGGCUAUGUUAUUCAUAUUCAUUCUCGCAAGAUGGAUGUUGCCUAGAGGACGAAUAACACGUGAUCAGUUAUCCCAAUUGCUAUUUGUUUAUAUUGGAUCAGCGUCUGACGUCAUGGAGUUAUUUGUCGUGUUUGAAGAACCUGAAAUUAGGUCAGACUUAUACCUGAGCUAUGCUACAUUAGGAGUCUGGUCAUUGAGCUUGAUUCAGUUUUGUUUGAUAUUAACUUCAACCAGGGAUAUCGGUGGUAAAAUAGUUGCAAGGGAGACUGACCUUGAAGCUGAGGUCCCAGAAAAUACCCCAAAGGGUGAAGAAAAGGAAAAAAUGCCAAGUUGCUGCGAUAGAGUAUUUGAAGUCGAAAUUUGGAGCUUAUGUAUUUCCAUGUUUUUACAAGAUGGUCCGUUUUUAGUUGUCAGACUGUACUCAAUAAUUGUUAAGGGUGUAUUGUCUUACGGAAUACUUUUCUUUACGGCCAAAAAUGUGCUUGUUCUUUUUUUACAGUUCUAUCGCAUAAUAGUAAUUUGUAAGAAAAUUAACACUGUUGGCUCAGAGGAAGAAGACAAACCGACUCCUUUAAAAGAUAGAAAGUCAGUCCCGCCUGCAAAGAAAGCAUCAAAACAAUCACUUAUAUCAAAUAUUGGUUCCACCUCAACUAAAAACAGUUUUCUCGAUCCAUAGCAGAUUGUCAACAUACGUACCAAACCAAAAACGAUAUUCUUGUUUUUAAUACAGCGCUGACUAAAUAAAACGUUGGUAAAUAGUUCCACACUUGAUUUACUGACUAACACCCUGAUGACAUCACAUUUAUUAAAAUAUCAACUUGAUAUUUUGAUAUUUUAAAAUGUGUACAAUAGAGAAAUCAAGCUUACAUUAUAUAGACAAAUGUAUGCUAUUCAUGUUGGCAUACACACAUUAAAAAAAAAUCUUUCUUAAUAUAUGUUCGAGGUCAAAUCAAAAGCCGUAGUAUAAACACACUGUAAGUAUUGAUGAAAGAUAUCGUAAGAAUUUACUUUGAGGAUUGAUGAUGUACAUAUAUAAACAUUAAACAGUAGUUAAUAUAUCUUGCCAUGUUUGUAAGAACCGAUGUAAUCCGUCCAUACAUGUCUGGGUAUUUCCAUGAACUGUGAUAAUAAUCUU